AUGUCGUUGGCCCUUAUUGACGUUUUUGUCAAUACGGAGAACCCUCUCAAAAAGCCGCCUCUUAUCACUGCAAAUACUAUUUUGUCUAUACUCUCCGUUGAUUACCCUGUCGACAAGUUAGCAAUUGUAGGACGCCCCAAUGUUGGUAAGUCAACCUUACCGAAUACUUUGUUGCAAGAAGACCGUGUUCUUGUGGGUCCUGAAGCUGGUUUCACUCGAGAUGCAAUCAGAACUCAGUUUGAAUUUCAAGGAAGAACAAUUUAUCUGGUUGAUACUGCCGGCUGGUUACAGAGGACAAAACUGGAGAAAGGAGCGUCAUCCUUGAGCAUUAUGCGAUCAAGAAGGAGUCUACUCCGAGCUCAUAUAGUUGCUUUGGUACUAGAUGCAGACGAGAUAGUAAAUGCUAAACAGAGUAUGAAACAUGCUGAAGUAGUUAUAGCCAGACGAACUGUGGAAGAGGGACGUGGACUGGUUGUGAUUGUGAAUAAGAUGGACUUUCUAAGGGGCAAAGAUAAAUCAUCAUCCUAUGAGCAAAUUAUGGAGGUUGUUCAAAAAGAAAUUCAGACAGUUAUACCUCAGGUUACCGGAAUCCCAGUAUUAUUCAUUUCAGCUUUAGAAGUAAGGGGCGGGACAAUUGUCUUGCAUCAAGUCAUUGAUACAUAUGAAAAAUGGUGUACAAGAUUAUCUACAACUCAUCUUAACCAUUGGUUGCAAAAGGUUAUGAGCAGGCAUUCUUGGAAAGACCGGUCAACACUUGCCUAA